AUGAUCUUUACGUUGUGCAGAUUUUACAUCUACCUGUACAGGCCUGUAUCCCCCUCCAUCCUCUCCAUCCUGGGCAACACAGCCGUACUGGUAACAGCCACCUGGCGUCACAGUGUUCUCAAAGCUCCUGAGCUCCUCACAGUCAAUCUGGCUGUGACUGACAUUGGUAUGGCUCUCAGCAUGUACCCACUCUCAGUCGCCUCUGCCUUCAACCACACCUGGAUUGGAGGUGACCCUUCCUGCCUGUACUAUGGCCUGAUGGGUAUGACCUUCAGUGUGGCCAGCAUCAUGACUCUGGCCGCCAUGGGGUUAGUGAGAUAUCUGGUGACAGGAAACCCUCCGAAAUCAGGCAGCAAGUUUCAAAGAAAAACUAUAAGUAUAUUGAUCGGUGUCAUCUGGCUGUAUUCACUGCUCUGGGCAGUGUUUCCUCUUCUGGGAUGGGGAAGAUACGGACCGGAACCCUUCGGUUUGGCCUGCUCUGUGGACUGGGCCGGGUACCAGCACUCCUUAAAUGGCUCUUCGUUCAUUAUGGCUUUGGCCAUCCUGUGCACCCUGAUCCCAUGUGCGGUCAUCCUGUUCUCCUACUCUGGCAUCGCCUGGAAGCUCCACAAGGCCUAUCAGUCCAUCCAGAGCAAUGAUAACCUGCCCAACUCUGGGGCAGUUGAGAGAAAAGUCACCCUGAUGGGCAUCCUGAUCAGUGCAGGCUUUAUUGUGUCCUGGGCGCCCUACAUAUUCAUCAGUCUCUGGACCAUGUUUCACUCUGAUGGCAAAGACAGCGUGGCGCCCAUUGUCAGCUUGCUACCUUGCCUUUUUGCAAAAUGA